UGUGCGACUCACACCAAACCAGACAGACCACAAUGAACCAAUAGCAACAAACCAAAAAAAGUGACUCUCAGAAGAAAUAAACAGCAGUAACCGGUCAACAAAAACACAUAUUUUGGAGCAGUGGGUAAUGGCUACUAAACAAGAAACGACUCCUCAGUGGAAAACAACCAUUAUAGUCAGCACAUCACUCCAGAAUCAUGAGGCAAGCAGGAUGCUAAGCUCGCAGCAGCACCGAAUCAGAUUUUCUGACGGUGUUGAGUCUGGAGCCUUUAUUUUUCCUCUGUCAGGUACUGCAUUUAUGUUGGUUGACCCUCAACACCUCCCAGAGCAUAUUGAAGAAUCUGGACUCAUUGAUGGGAUAAAGACGUUUGUGCAGGUCCACCGGAACAGCUUUCUACUUCUCUAUGCCCCCUUUAAUGGGAAAAGGGAACUGGACGUUUUGUCAGUGAUCCAACACAGAUUCUUUGGCAGCAAUCUUAGGAUCCUUCCUGUACGAAACAAUGCUGAGAUGGUCAAAGGAAUGUUGACUAUUGCCAAGGCCACCAGUAAGCCCCAUGUAGACAGUAUCCGCGACCGGAUGUCUCUGGUCCGGGCUCACAUCAUUGAAAGCAGUCCUGUGUGGGAGAUGCUACGAGACAUUCUAUAAAGCUCAGCAUAUGCUCCAGCAUUAUUUUUUUCAUACACUUGAAAACACUUGUUUUAUUUAAUGCUAACCCGUACAAGCAUAAAUGGCUGAAUAUAUAAAAAAAAACUAUUUAA